UUGAUAAGUUACUGGGGGCCAGAGGGAGAGGCAUAUUCGAUUGGUCUGAUGGAACGCUGUUACCGAUCCUCGUCUAUAAUGCGAGCUAUACUCGUCAAUAGUACGUUGUCCUACUACACAAUGGCACCCCAAAAUUCUCGCGUCCCCGUUUCCACCACUACUGAACAGACAAUGCCGUAUGCGGAUGGAAGAGAGAGUGAAGCUGACAGUUAGUGAGCCGCGGGCCCGCAAGGCAGGAACAGUUCGCCUUGUGUGCAAUAUUCAGAUGCUUCUUGGACCAGAGGGUAGUCACGAAGUGGUGGCACUAAGAACACAAACAGUACCUGAUGGUACCACGAUGGUAUUGGGCUGGAUGGAUGUUACGUUGUCGCUGACGUCCGAAUCCACAUUUUUCGGAACGGAGGACGAUCCCAAGAUUAUGAUGGAAAUGGUGUCCAUGCGACUGACGGCCAGAUGGGAGGGAGGCUUCGUACAGGUAGAAGAUGGCUUUGCUUGCAAGUGGAGUCGAGAGCAUGCGUGUGUGUUUCACGAGGCCACGUCAGUUGUGAAAACAGAAGAGGAAAACAAAUACAUUUCGACAGCGCAUUGAACUAAAUGCGAACGCGAAAGAGACGAAGGAAUGGGUGGUGCAUUAAUAGGACUCCCACGUAAGAGGGAGAAUUCAAUAUUCAAGACUACGGGUGCCAACACGACAGCCUCACCUGUCGAUCUCAUCCAGAUAUGUAACUUCCACAGGAGAAUGAACGGAGGGUUCGAGCAUUGACGCGGACGGCGGGAUUGAUGGCGUUACAGGUCUAUUAUUAGACUCGCGCUACUUGG